AUGACUGUCGUCGCAGGACUCGAAGGAGCUACAACAGGCGUGGAUGUCCGUCUGUACCCAGCCAAUUUGGUACAACAGCCGUCGCCGGCAUCCCAGCGGAUCAGCUAUCGAGCCGUUAUCGAGGACUUGGCCACUGCUACUGAUGGCGGAGUCUUCUCCGAAGACUGCCAGACGUGGGCAACCGUGAACCGUAUCAAAUAUGGCAAUGUGGGGAUCGACGAGUUCGUCUUCGACGUCGAGGAUGGGCAGGUGGUCUCUAUCACUCCACGGGCCCUGCGUGUUACACUGAAGAAGGCUGUGUAG